ACACCCCUUUCAAAUGCUUCCUUUUUUUACACCAUUUCCUUACUUGCCUCUUUUCAUCCCUCCUCCUUCUUCACCUCCGUCUCCAUACCAUUUCCCUAAUCAACUGUUAGAGGAUCAUCCCACAGGCUUCUUUUUGUUUGGUGUUUUGGUUCUUUGGGUUUUUUUUUUUUAACACAAGAUAUUAAACCAUGCAGCUUCAUAUCUCGCCAAGUUUGAGACAUGUAACAGUACUUCCAGGGAAAGGUGUUAGAGAAUUCAUCAAAGUGAAGGUUGGUUCCAGAAAGGUUUCUUAUCGGAUGCUUUUCUACUCACUUCUCUUCUUCACAUUCCUUCUCCGCUUUGUCUUUGUUUUGUCAACUAUUGAUAGCAUUGAUGGAGAUCAUCCCAAGUGUUCCACCAUUGGUUGCUUGGGAAAAAGAAUAGGACCAAGGAUCUUGGGAAGAAGGAUAGAAUCAAAUGUCCCAGAGGUGAUAUACCGAAUCCUAGAAGAACCAGUAAGCAAAGAUGAAGUACUAGGAAAAACUGAUGUUCCUCAGACAUUACAAGAGUUUAUGUCUGAAAUGAAACAAAGCAGAUCAGAUGCAAAAGCCUUUGCUCUAAGGCUUAGAGAAAUGAUAGUUCUACUUGAACAAAGAACCAGAACAGCCAAAAUCCAAGAAUAUUUGUAUCGCCAUGUAGCAUCGAGCAGCAUACCGAAACAGCUUCAUUGCUUAGCACUAAAGCUAGCCAAUGAACACUCCAACAAUGCAGCCGCUCGCCUCCAACUCCCUUCAGCCGAACUCGUCCCGGCCCUUGUCGAUAACUCUUACUUCCACUUUGUCCUUGCCUCAGAUAAUGUGCUUGCAGCCUCGGUCGUCGCGGCAUCCCUUGUUAAAAACGCGUUACGCCCCGAAAAAUUCGUGCUCCACAUUAUAACAGAUAGGAAAACUUACUCCCCUAUGCAGGCCUGGUUCUCAUUGCAUCCUUUAGACCCUGCUAUAAUUGAGGUCAAGGCUUUGCAUCAAUUCGAUUGGCUUUCAAAAGGGAAGGUUCCUGUUUUGGAAGCAAUGGAAAAAGAUCAAAGAGUAAGGUCACAGUUCAGAGGGGGAUCAUCUGCAAUCGUAGCGAAUAACACUGAGAAGCCUCAAGUUAUCGCCGCGAAACUACAAGCACUCAGUCCUAAGUACAACUCCUUGAUGAAUCACAUUCGGAUACAUUUACCAGAGUUGUUUCCGAGCCUUAACAAGGUAGUCUUCCUAGACGAUGACAUCGUGAUUCAAACCGAUCUUUCACCUCUGUGGGACAUCGAUAUGAAUGGAAAAGUUAAUGGAGCAGUGGAGACAUGUAGGGGUGAAGACUCGUUCGUCAUGUCGAAGCGGUUCAAAAGCUAUCUCAACUUCACCCAUCCUUUGAUCGCAAAGAAUUUUGACCCUAACGAAUGUGCAUGGGCAUAUGGCAUGAACAUUUUCGAUCUCGAGGCCUGGAGGAAGACAAAUAUUAGCCUCACAUACUAUCACUGGCUUGAAGAGAAUUUCAAAUCAGACCUCAGUUUGUGGCAACUAGGAACGUUACCCCCUGGUUUAAUAGCAUUCUAUGGGCAUGUUCAUGUGAUUGAUCCAUUUUGGCACAUGUUGGGAUUGGGGUACCAAGAUAAUACAACAUUAGCUGAUGCUGAGACAGCUGGGGUCAUCCAUUUUAAUGGCAGAGCAAAGCCUUGGCUCGACAUAGCCUUCCCUCAACUCCGACCUUUGUGGGCUAAGUACAUCGAUUUCUCGGAUAAGUUCAUAAAGGGAUGUCAUAUUAGAGCUUCUUAACAAAGACAUUUUGAGAGUAUAUAGUGAGUGACGAUAAUGAUGAUAAAAAUAUACAUGUUUGUAUAUGAGAAAGAAGAUAAGUGGGAGAGAGUUCUUUGCAAAUUCAAGGCCUUACAAUACAGAUUCUGAAAAUCAUAACACCAACAGGCUUCUGCUCUUUUUAUA